UUAAUCCAGGUGUCUUUCGAGGCAGUUUUUAGACCUUUUUGACUAGAGGGCCACUAACAAUGUCCAAAGAGGGGGACAGACAAUCAGUUUUGCGGACCACAAAGGUUCGCACCGCUCUAAAAGGAGACAACAGCUGGAUACAGAGACAACAGCAAGAAAAUCUUGAGAAAGAUGAGGAGGAGAAACCAUGGGUCGCCGAAGUGCGAGCAAACCGUUCAAAUGGUGUGUUUGAAGAAACAAGUCCCGUUUCCUCACCCACAGCCAAUGUGCCUCAGCCCAGAUCUGACACAGAGAAACCAAAAACAUCUGAAUCUGGAUACUUAAUCAGAGGGGUAUUCAAGAAAACCGAUUCCAAGCCAACAUCAAAUUCAUCCACCAAUGGAUAUGCUGGAAUAAAUAGCUUCAAAAAAAAGCCAUCUGAGAGUUACAAGAAAAUAGCCCCCCACACAAUACGGUCCAGCAAUGAAAAGACAGUGCAGUCUGAACCAACUCUGAGUCCAGAGGAAAUGGAAAAGAGGACAGAGGCAGCCAGCAGUGUGCUGAAGGGAUCGGCAGCAUAUCGCCGUUCAUACGUAAUGUCAGCUGCAAAGAAAUAUGAAUCUUCAGAGAAGCCUGACAGCUCUGCUGAGAUGGGCAUUUCCUUUGUUGCAAAAAGGGUAGAUAUCAGUGAUGAUGAUGAUGACACUACAGCAUCUGUUAAGUCUGUGCCUGUGCACAGUGUAAAAUCAAACACUGAGCCAGUGGUGAAGGAGGUCAAGCCAGCAGCACCUGAAAUUAAAUCUGAACCUAAGCCAGUGACUGAAACUAAACCUACAACACAAACUAAAAUAACAACUGAAGCUAUCGCCACAUCAGAAUAUAAAACAGCGCUAGAAAAUACAACACAGCCUAAAACAGCAUCUGAGCAUAAACCAGCAACUGAAACUACAACAGUGGCUGAAACCAAGCCUACAGCACAAACUAAAACAGUAACUGAGCCUAAACCUACAACACAAACUACAACAGCAACUGAUCCUAAACCCACAUCAGAACCUAAAGCGGCUGAAACUAAACCUACAACAAAAACUGAACCUAAACCAGCAAUUGAAACUAAAACAGAAACUAAACCGGCAACACAAACUACAACAGCAACUGAACCUAAACCCACACCAGAGCCUAAACCAGCUGAAACUAAACCUACAACAAAAAUUGAACCUAAACCAGCAACUGAAACUAAAACAGAAACUAAAACUACAACACAAACAACAACAGCAACUGAAUCUAAACUAGUGGUUAAAACUAAAUCUACAACACAGACUAUAACAGCAACUGAUUCUAAACCCACACCAGAGCUUAACCCGGCCGAAACUAAACCUACAGCAACUGAACCUAAACCAGCAAUUGAAACUAAAACAGUAACUGACACUAAAACAGAAACUAAACCUACAACACAAACUACAACAGCAACUGAAUCUAAGCUAGAGGUGGAAACUAAAUCUACAACAAAGAUUGCAAUAGCAAGUGAUCCUAAACCCACAUCAGAGCCUAAAGCAGUUGAACUUAAACCUACAAAAACAGCUGAACUUAAACCAGCAGUUGAAACUAAACCUACAACACAAACUACAACAGCAACCGAUCCUAAACCCACCUCAGAACCUAAACCAGUGACAGAAACUAAACCAGAACCUGAAGCUAAAUCUGCAACUCAGCUGAAACCAGCACCUGAAUCCAAGCCUGAACCAGUUCCAGAGAAAAGCCUGCCUGACACCCUGAUAUCCUUCAGCACAGAGCCUGCCAGUUCUGGCCAAGCAGACUCAGGAGUAGAUCUGCUCAGUCAGGAUCUGCUGGCAGACAACAGUUCUCUGCCUCAGACUAACAAGGCACAUACAACUCUGGACCUGCUCGCAGAUGAUCUUAUUCCCUUCAAUACUACUACCACCAGUUUGUCUUAUAGUUACAAAACCAGCAUCAAAACAGUGGAGAGUUCUGUCCAGGAGAACUUACCAGAAUCUGAAUCCAAGAAGAACUUUGUCUAUGUUAAGGAGUAUGUGAAUAACUCGCGUCUUGAUGGCAGCAGCUCUGACUAUGUGUCAUCAACAACCUCCAACUACAGCUACAGCAGCCCCAGCUACUCCUCCAGAGGAGAUAUGACUCCCUGUACAUACUGUGGAGAAAUGGUGGGAAAUGAUGCCAAAAUCACCAUUGAGCACCUGAACAUAUCCUGUCACCCAUCCUGCUUUAAGUGUGGUAUUUGCAGUAAACCAAUGGGAGAUUUACUCUACAACAUGUUUCUCCAUCGUGGGACGGUCCACUGUGAGAGCUGCUAUUCCAAUGUGCUAUAAGAUCUGUUACACUGCCUGAAAUAUCCCUCAACAGUAUAGCUAACCUGCCUAUCUGAAUAGGAAUUAGACUUGUUACUGGCACGAAACACCUUCCUCUUUAUAUUUCCUCACUGAUCGUACCGCUGACAUACCUUCUGAAUAUCAUAAAAAGGUUUUCUUGUGCUAUGAAUGCUUGUUGCAGUGCAUCUAGGAUUUUUUUCUCCGAUUCUGUCCCUUUAAAUGUUUAGUGAAGACAAUAAGAAUGUAUAUCUUUGUUGUAUUUAAUCAUGAGAAACCAUUUUAAAGCAAUAUUUCUGUUUUAGUAGCACUGUUAUGAAAAUACGUAUCCUGCAUCGAUAUUCACAAUUAAAGCAAAAUUCUCAUUGAAUUCAAGUCGAAUUCUCCUUUUAUUGUUUUGUUACAAGAAUGUGCAAUAAAAAAUAUAAAUAUCGCAUAAGAAAUACUGAGGUACACAAACAUUUAAACAGGUCAAGACAUAAACAAGUCCCAGGAGUCUUAUAGAAGAAUCUCAUGAACCACUCAAGAA